AAAGUUAAAAACGGAACCCAUCAUAUUUAGCAUACUACGAUAAAAAUCAAAUAUGAAUAGUUGUAUUAUAUUGGCUGUGGCUUUAGCAGGUAUUACACAAUGUUUUGGUGAAGUUGUGAUUGAUAAAAGUACAACUUGUGGACACUAUACAGAUGAAAACAAAGAUUGUUAUUCAAAUUCAGAUGCUACUUACAAACUUAAAAAACUGCAAUAUAUAACAAAUUACGAUGGUGUUGAAGGUGCACUUAGUGUCAACGCCAAUUUAACACUGAUUUGUGCCGAGGAUUUAACUGUAUUGAAACCAGUUUCAAGCUGUUUGGUUAAUUCUUACCGCAAAUGUGCAGAUAACGAUUUUAAAACGCUGAUUCCAACGGCCGAGCAGUAUUCUAGUGCUAUAGAGUAUGCCUGCAACAAUAAAGAUGCUCUUCAAUCUAUCUACAAUUGUUUUGGUGAUUCAAUCACGGACUGUAUUUUCAAUAAAAAAGCAAGACAAUCAUUGACUGACGGAGCAGAGCCUGAUAGAAGUAAUGAAUUCUCAGUCUGGACUAAAUAUCACUGUGGGCGAAGAGAUAUUGAGCUGGAAUGCAGGAAAAUAGAUGAGGAUUUUAAAGAUUGCAGCAAUGCAGACUAUACUAUUUAUGAAGAACUGAUGAGUAAACUCAAACCUAAGGCAUGUAACGGAGUGAAAGGGUUAAUGUACACCACGUCAUUAUUACUUGUUUCUGUUUUCAGUUUGCUUCACAGAUAUUUUUAAUUGCGGUUAUCUCCCAUGAAAUAUUUCAUUUCAUUUUUUGCCUUUUUUUUAUUCACACACUCUUCUUCGUAAAAAUAAGAACACUUAGAUUUGGGCCUCUAAAUUCUUAUAUAAAACAAGGAUUAAUAAUAAAUUGAUUAACAUGGAAGACCUCACACUACCAUUCCAAAAUCACGUAAAUCACUUCAUAAAUGAAAAUAUUUUUUCGAUGUUAAAUAAUAAACCUGAAAUGAAAGUAAAAAUCUAACAUUCCAUGUACAACCAAAUUAUAUUUUGACCUGAGGGAUUUGCAAUGACUUCAGUUGGUUUUUAAUCAUUUGGAAUAUUUCAAGAAAGACCAUGUAUAUGCGUUGCUAUAGUAAUUAUUUCAUCAUAUUUUUGUAUCUAAUCUUUUUUGUUUGUACGUGUUAUUGAUAAUAAAAAAGUUAAUUCUCC